UCUGUUUGGACUUGCAAGUGCUUACUGCGUCUGUUCUCACCCAAUGCAUGAUUCCGAAGACGAGUAUACCAGUGCAAUACCAACAAAGAGAGAAUCGGGCGCUACCAGCUCGGAUAACGACAGUUUAGACGAUGCUGUCGCUGCACGCAAACGUAGAAAGCGUGUUGUCGUUUUCUCGGAAGACGAAGAGGAUGUUGCCGUUGUACCUACUACUACCACCGUCAAUAACAAUAGCCUGUCGCCACCACUUGCCGCUGAAGAUGACGACGACGAUAGUUCGCUAUCCAAUAGCGAGGAACUGACACCAAGCCCUCAAUGGGGUCAUCAACAAGAAAAUGAAUAUACCGACGAUGAUGAUCAAGACGAAGAAGACGACGACGAUGAUGAUGAUGACGACGACAGUGAUAGCCCUGUUCCUACCACUAAUGUCAAUAAUAAUGGCUAUGAUACGUUCGAAGAAGUCAGUGAAACUGAAGAGCGACGACGGCGAAUCGGGACCGAAGAACCGGAUUUCCGCUACUUGGACCCCGAAUUGUACGGUUUACGCAGAUCGUCAAGACGAGCAGCAGCAGCAUCAGCAUCCAAGGCAACUCGAUAUGCGGUAAAGAAUAUGUCCUUCCGCCCCCCAAUAUUCGUUAUUCGAACUGCGGAGUGUUGAAGGGUGUUGCCUAGCAGUAUUACUAAGCAACCCUUUGCG